UUUAUUUUCAUUUUGUUUCACUCGAGACCGAACAUUGCGUUACACACAACUCGCGUUCCUCUGACUGGUGACAGACAACUCCAUAACAAAAGCAGUAUUUCAAACAUUACCAAAAGAAAGACACUUUGUUGACCCACAUUAGGUCCACUCUUGUAACAGUAUUGUUUAUAGAUGUAGCGAGAAAGCAAAAAUACUCAGUAAAUGCUAACUGUUAACUCCAAUUUAGAGAGAUGCCGCCUAAUAAACGAAUGCAGAAGAAAACGCUUAAACUGGACUGCGAAUGGGGUUCGUGUCAAGAGUCGUUCAGUCAGAUGGAAAACUUUUGCAGGCAUACGGAGGGUCAUCUGAGUGCUCUGAACGUGGAGGAAGACGGAGGGGCAGAUGGCGAGAAAAACUGCCUCUGGAGAGAGUGUGGUUUCUGCUCCGUGGAGGGCUCAGAGGAGCUGCGACGGCAUCUGUUCUUUCACUGUUACCACACCAAGCUGAAGCAGCUGGGUCAGCAGGUCCUGGAGGCCCAGACAGAGAUCGGCAGCUGCUCCAUCUCCUUCCAAAACCGCAACAUCAUCCCUGAAAUCCCAGACAAUUUCAUCUGCCUUUGGGAGGAAUGUGAGCAACCACCUUAUGAAAAUCCAGAGUGGUUCUAUCGGCAUGUGGAGAUGCAUAGCUUGGCUAUAGAUGUACCAACAGGGGACUGUGAAUUCCCAAUACGCUGUGGGUGGAAGGAUUGUGAAGCUACUGCCAAAGGGCGCCCAAAGCUGCGGGAGCAUCUGCGCAGCCAUACACAGGAGAAAGUAGUGGCGUGUCCAGGCUGUGGGGGGAUGUAUGCCAACAACACCAAGUUCUUUGACCACAUCAUACGACAGAGCGCCAUGGAAGGUCAGAGGUUCCAGUGUUCUCACUGUUCCAAACGUUUUGCCACGGAAAGGCUGCUGAGGGAUCACAUGAGGACCCACGUGAGCCACUACAAAUGCCCACUGUGCGACAUGACCUGCCCUUCACCCUCCUCGCUGCGCAGUCACAUCAAGUUUCGGCACAGUAACGAGAAGCCGUACAGCUGCGACUACUGCGAAUACAGCUGCAAGAAUCUGAUCGACCUGCGGAAGCACCUGGACACCCACAGCAGUGACCCGGCGUUCCACUGCGACGUCCCAGGUUGCGGCUUCACCUCUCGCACGCCCGGCACCAUGAAGAGCCACCACAAAAGAGAGCACGAGGGGAGUUUUACAGCUCGUUACAAAUGCCAUGUGUGCGGCCAGUGUUUCACCCGGGGAAACAGCUUAACCGUCCAUCUGCACAAAAAGCACCAAUUCAAGUGGCCCUCUGGACACCCCAGGUUCAGGUACAAAGAACACGAGGACGGCUUCAUGCGACUGCAGCUCAUUCGUUACGAGAGCGUGGAGCUGACAGAGCAGUUGAUGAGGGAGAGACAAAAGAGGCAAGUGGAGGAGGAUGACGACAGCGGAGGUCAGACAGAAGAACAGGAGCUGGAGGGAGAAUGUGCGUCAGCGGCUUCAGAAGCCCAGGUAGAACUGAGAGGGGUGCUGCUGGAGGAGCAGAGGACUGAGGAGCUGGCCAUCAGCACAGAGCAGGGUGGCCAGGAGGAGAGCAUGCUUUAUGUCCUCGCAGGAGGUUUCUCUCAGGCCGGGGAGGACUCUGUUAUACUGCAACUCCAGGAUGGGGUCCAGGAUCAAGCAGUGCCGGUGGAAUGAGCGGACACAGAUCCUGUCCUCGCUGAAACUGUGCAGUUUUGACAUACUGGUUAAACAUAUGGAGAGACGUGAAAUAUUUCAGCUGUCGGUAAGCCUAUAUUAGGUCAUUAGUUUAAUGUAUUUUCAUUUUCUAAUGUUAACCAUGUUUGCCAGUAUUUAAAAAUAAUUUUCAGUUUAUUUAUGUGUCAUUGUGUAUUCUCAUGAGAUGAGUGAGAUGCCAUACUUUGGGCUAAAUUCGGACAAAAACAUUAGAUGUUUAAGGACUCGAACUCAAAGCUCGUUGUGUCUGAAUUCUGAUAAUCAACCGAAAUGUAUGAAGUCCAGUCAAGAGGGUUCUCUUGAUCAUAUUUGAAACUUGAAUAAAUAUUUGAAACUUUUUUUCUUGUUGCACAAUGAAGCAUUUUUAUCAUCACAAGGAGCUUUUUUCUUAAAUGAA